ACAAUCCCUUUUUUGCUAUAGCAAAGAGGUGUCGUCACGCACACCACCAUAUCGCACACCGAUGGAGUGUGCUGGAUGCAGGUGCGAACGUGCUUUACUGCAUUCUGAUUGUGCGUUUGCGAUGCAGUCCGGGAUUAAAAGUGAAUAGAUAGUUUGUGCGAGAGGCUUUCGUCGCUGCCAAAUAUAUCUACAUCUCGCAAUCGGACGAUUCGGAGCGUGGAAAACCCCCGGGAACAAGGGUGGCAAGAUUCCUACCUGUGAACAGGCGUAGCCAGCCAAACAUCAAUCAAACACCAUGGAUGACCUGAUCACGCUAAUUCGUACGGAGAUUCCCGAGGGACGGAAAAACCUGCAGGAAAGCUUUUCCAACCUCGAGCGGGUGGCGGAAUACUGCGAGGAUACCUACUAUCGCUCCGACAACAAGAAAGCAUCGCUGGAGGAGACGAAAAACUACACGACCCAAUCGCUGGCAAGCGUCGCGUACCAGAUCAACACGCUCGCGUUUAACUUUCUGCAGCUGAUGGAUCUGCAGGCAACGCAAAUGGCCGAGAUGGAGUCGCAGAUGAACCACAUCUCGCAGACCGUUAUGAUCCACAAGGAGAAGGUGGCGCGGCGCGAGAUUGGCGUACUGACGGCGAACAAGAUAAGCUCACGGCAGUACAAAAUUGUUGCGCCGCUAAACCCGGAAAAGCCGAUCAAGUACGUGCGCAAACCGAUUGACUACACGGUGCUGGAUGAGGUGGGCCAUGGCAUUGCGCUGACCAACAACAACCAGAAGAAGCAUCGUGUAUCGAGCCAGGGCUCCAUCCAGACGACCAUUUCGCCGAAUGUGUCGGUUGGACCGCCACCCACGACCAAACCACCGACACCGCCACAGAUGACGCGCAGUGCAGGACAUACGGGUACGCUCGGCAAGCCGGUCAGCAAUACCGGCACGCUGGGAAAGGCAUCGCGGGAGUAUCGCACACCGCCGGUUGUCGUGCCACCUCAGGUGCCGUCGCACUACGCACCAAACUAUCCGGUCGGACAUCCGCGGCGUACGUCUAGCAGUGGUGGCGUUGAGCGUGGCCCUGGCUACAGCGCACUGCCGAUGCCGAUGCCACCGAGCCAGGUCGUGAUGCAUCAUCCGCCGCAGAUCGGUAUGGUACACCCGAUGCAGUCCGGACCGGUUAUGCAGCAUCAGUCGACGUUCGAGGAGCGGAACAGUAUGCCUCCUCCACCUUCACCGCUGACCGUAACCCACGAGCUGCCGGACCAUAGCCACAUCGGCAUGCAUACGCUUAGCCGUAACAUGCCACGCCCGGGCUCACAAUCGCCCCCGCUGCCACCGCCGCCACCGCCAGAGGAGUCGGAUCACGCCGACUUUGGGCGUCCGCGCAACACGCAGAACAGUCUGGUCGCACCGAUCGUGCCGGACGAUCAAAACCUGCCCGGCUGGGUACCGAAGAACUAUAUCGAGAAGGUGGUCGCCAUCUACGACUAUUACGCGGACAAGGAUGACGAGCUAAGCUUUCAGGAAAGCUCGGUACUGUACGUGCUGAAGAAGAACGACGACGGCUGGUGGGAGGGCGUCAUGGACGGUGUGACAGGGCUGUUCCCGGGCAACUAUGUAGAACCGUGCGUUUAGGGACCCUUUUUUUUCACCAUGCACACCACUUGCAUUUGAGGUGCAUUAUCGAACACUUCGAUUCCAAAUUGUGUAUUUUAUUGUUCACCGUAAAAAGUUUUAUUUUUUGCUGAUUUUUUUUUGUGUGUUCUGGCCUUGAGGAUCUAAGUACGCAGGGCUAGAAUUAUGAUUCUUUGCUUUUUCGAUUUUCGUCGGUCAUAAUCAUGGUUGUAGAGAAUACUGUGUCUGUAUAAGAGAGGUACCAACAAUGCAGGUGGUUGUCGAAACAUCCUAUCAAGCUAUAUUUAUGUGCUACUAUAUUUUUGAGCAUUGAAGCAAAAUUUCAACUACUACGGGGAAGAAACACUCUUGCACCGUUUACACAAGCUACACUACUAGAAUCCUGUUUGAAGUAUUGAGUGAGGCUUGGUCGAAAUUUAAUACUACAUGCUAUGAUAAUAAAAUAAAUAUAAUUAAAAAAAUAAUAAACAUCUUGCCUUAAGCUUUCCUAAA